GUUAUAUCUUUUUUUUGUUUUAGAUUCUAAAAAUGGCAGCCAAAUUAAAAGAUAUCUUUGUUGUCGGAGCUAAAAGAACAGCUUUUGGAAAGUAUGGUGGCACUUUGUGUGAUUGGUCGCCUACUAAAAUGGCUGUCCAAAGCAGUAUUGCGGCCCUAAAGAGUUCAAAUGUGAAGCCUGAAGAUGUCAAUGGAGUAGUUGUAGGGAACGUCAUUCACAGCUCUCCAGAUGGAAUCUAUUGUGCGCGACAUGUUGGUCUGAAAUCAGGAGUUCCAGUGGAUCGUGAGAUGUAUGCAGUUAAUCGUCUCUGUGGUUCUGGUUUUCAGUCAGUUGUCAAUGCAUGUCAAAGUAUUUAUAUAGGAGAAUCUCACAUAGUCAUGGCAGCAGGAACAGAAAGCAUGAGUAUGGCGCCUUACUCAAUUUGGGGAACAAGAUUUGGUACUCCUCUUGGCAAAAAUCCCAAUGUUCAGGAUGCUUUGUGGAGCGGCUUAACUGACACAUAUUGCAAAUUGCCGAUGGCUCUGACUGCUGAAAAUCUAGCUGAAAAGUAUAAGAUUUCACGCGAAGAUUGUGAUCUCUUCGCUCUGCACUCUCAGCAGAGAUGGGCUGCCGCGUUUGAACAAAACAAGUUCGUCGAUGAAAUCUGCGAUGUUGAAUUCAAAACCAAGAAAGGAACAGCUAUUUUUAACACCGAUGAGUAUCCUCGGAAAGAUGCGAAUAUAGAAAUGCUGAAAAAGUUGAAACCGGUUUUCAAAGCAGAGGGAACUGUUACAGCGGGUACAGCAUCCGGAGUUAAUGAUGGCGCGGGAACAAUCAUUGUAGCCAGCGGCGAGGCAUGCAAGAAGUAUAAUCUGGAACCUCUGGCUAGGAUUGUCGGAUACGGAGCUGCAGGCUGUGAUCCUUCAAUCAUGGGAAUUGGGCCAGUGGCUGCUAUUAAGAGGGCCUUGGGUGCCACUGGGCUGUCAUUGGAUGAUUUAGAUUUGGUAGAAGUCAACGAAGCCUUCGCGGCUCAGUAUUUAGCUGUGGAGAAAGAAUUGGGCUUGAACAGAGAUAAAACGAACUCAUGUGGAGGGGCGAUUGCUAUUGGUCACCCCCUGGCGGCAUCUGGAAGUAGAAUUGUAGCUCAUCUCGCCUACAGAAUCAGAAAUGAACCUGAUGUAAAGCAAGUUGUGGGAUCUGCUUGUAUCGGUGGGGGUCAAGGGAUAGCUGUCAUUUUGAGCAAACCAUAACUGAAGUUCACUAACUGUUGUAUUAAUUCAGUGUAUAUUGUAAAGUUGUAUUUAUUUGAGCUCAACUUAGCAUUUGAACUUGAUUUUUUU